AGCCAACUCCCGCGUAGGGUCCACCUCUCUCUCUCUCUCUCUCUCUGGGAUAUGCAACAAACAUGCGAAUCACACCACUGUAUAUUUCACUUUCCCUUUGAUAUCCGACGCCCUUUGCCAAUAUAUAGUCCGUUCACCUUUUCCCAGAGUACUCAUUAUAAUUCAUUGCAAGCAUCCGUCUGCAUCUCUGCCGCUGCUGCUGAUUCUUCAUGAAGCUUCAAGGAAAAGUUCAGCGAGGAUGCAUAUAUUUCCGUGCUUAGGUGCUCUGGUGUGACUUUCAACGGACAAGGUGGUGUUGUGCAGAAGAUUUUUGGUUGGGAGUUGGGACAUUUCCCCUAUACUAUAUAUACAUAUUGUGCCUUUGACACACCAUGUCCAUGUUGAGAGGGCGAGGUGGACGGGAAGGAGACGAGAUGAAUCUGCCGGUGAGUGGCCACACGAGCGUUCCGCCUGGCUUCAGGUUCCACCCUACGGAAGAGGAGCUCCUCCAUUAUUAUUUGAGGAAGAAGGUAAACUACGAGAAAAUCGACCUGGAUGUCAUCAAGGACGUGGAUCUCAACAAGUUGGAGCCCUGGGACAUUCAGGAGAAGUGCAGGAUCGGAUCGACGCCACAAAGUGACUGGUACUUCUUUAGUCACAAGGACAAGAAAUACCCGACCGGAACUCGAACCAACAGGGCAACCGCGGCAGGGUUCUGGAAGGCCACGGGGAGAGACAAGGUCAUAUACAGCAGCUCCAAACGCAUAGGGUUGAGGAAGACCCUCGUCUUCUACAGGGGAAGAGCACCACACGGGCAGAAGACGGACUGGAUCAUGCAUGAAUACAGGCUCGAUGACCACCUUGACUCCUCCACUCCAUCCAACGUGGGUAUUGGUAGUGAAGGAACACAGGAGGAAGGGUGGGUCGUGUGUAGAGUUUUCAAGAAGAAGAAUCUCCACCACAAGAGAGAAGAAACUCCGGCCGAGGUGCCGAUUCCGGCAUUGACCAAAGCUGCCGCUGGCGCUGACGGUGCACUCGACCAGAUUCUGCAGUACAUGAGCCGCACAUGUAAACAGAACUCGGACAACAAACUGGUGCAGUUGCCUCAGAUACAGAUCCGGGCACCGUUCCCCGAUGAUCGCCGGCUAUUCGAACGGCGUCUCGCGUACUUUUCCGAUAUGGAAACUGCUUCGUCAACCACCACUAUCGCCACCGCCCCCACCCCCACUGCCGCGAAUGAUCAGGACUGCACCGACCUGCUGGCAGCAAACUCAGGAAGCCAAGAUCAAGGCUUCACUGACUGGGCUACCCUUGACCGGCUUGUGGCAUCACAUCUUAAUGGUCAGGAAGAGACCUCCAAGCAAUUGGCCUGCUUCAACGGCCAACCCAGUUUCGUAUGCCAAACACCCGAGCUCGACCUCCAUUUCCCACCUCUGCUUCAGCAGAACACCAGACUGUUCAACACCACCUCAAACGACUCGGGCAACGAUAUGGACCUCUGGAGCUUCACCAGGCCGUCCACUGAUUCAGGAUACCUUUCUACCACUAUCGUGUGAAAUCGUUCUAAUUAGUGGAAAAUAAUGGGAAACUCUACGGUGUUUGUGAGACUUAUCACUAUUACGCUUCUUGUACGUCUUGUUGUGAAACGUAAAAUUUUUAUUGGCUUGUCUUUCUAA